AUGGAGCAGGGGAGCUGCUGUGCAGAGGACUUCAGGCCUGGGCUUGUCAGAGUAAAGACCAGGGCCUGCCAUGGGGGCUGGAGAGCCCUGGGCCUGCUGCUGUUGCUGUUGCUGCUGGCACUGGCCACUGCUGUGGCUGUGGCUGGAGGUCUUCUUGGCUUUGCCCACAGCCCUCCCAAGCCACUACUGCAGAUGCUCCAUCUGACCCUCCCAAGCCCCAGGGUGUACGAGUUCAACCAAACUGCUCAGGUGGACGAGACCCGGAAUGUGGCAACCAUCAGGGUAACCCCGGCUCAGAGCAACCACAGCUGGGUGGUGCUGUUCGAUGGGCAGAGCGGCUAUGUCUGUUACCGCCCUGCGGAGCACCGGGCCUGCUUCCUCCAUCUGAUGGAGCCCAGAGAUCGCAAAACCUUGCAGCUUCUGGUGAACACCUCAAGGGCCCAGGGGUCUCACAGCCCCAGCCAGGAUACCCACUAUGCGCAGGAGCUGCUGGCAGUACUUGGGAGCCGUGAGGUGGACCCUUCCCAGGUGGGGGAUUCAGUGCGGCACUUUUGCACAAAGAUCCCCAUUUACUGGGCCCGUCGAGCAGAGGGUGAGUCGUGGGGGCUAUGGGGAGAGGCCUGGACUCCCAAGGACAGUCUGGGAGAGGGAGAGGAUCUCUUUGGGGUUCACAGAGGCCCCUCCCCUCCAGGGCCCCGGAGGCAGCGGCUGAUCUACCUAUGCAUCGACAUCUGCUUCCCAAGCAACAUCUGCGUGUCAGUCUGCUUUUAUUAUCUCCCAGACUGA